AUGUUGCACAACCCAAAAGUAUUUCAAUCCUCCAUUAAAUUCAACUCUCCAAUACACCCUUCACAAAUCCAAAACAUACCCAGCUCCCCAUCAUCUACUGUGAUCAAGCAAUGUUGCAAAUUAUCGCGACGAGAGCUUGCCAUUUUUGGCAACUCUUCCUUGCUUCUUUUUCUAAGUUCUCAAACCCUAGAGCCAUUCAACAUGUCCAAAGCAAGAGCUGAAGAAAAUUUGCCAGAUGCCAAUGAAAAUGAUCCACAAGAAGAGAAUAAUACAAGCACCAGACCCAAGUGCAGCAAUAAAACUACAACAAAGCGUGCAUUUCUUGAUAUAUCAAUUGAUGGAGAACCUGUUGGCCGCAUUAUCAUUGGGCUAUAUGGAGAGGAUGUCCCAGCUGGAGCUGCUAGGUUUAGCAAUCUCGUAAGUGGAGCUGCUGGUAUUAGUUACAGAAGAAAAGAAUUCAUCAAAAUCAUGCCAAACUAUGUGCAGCAUGGUGGAGUAAGGUCAUAUGGCGUGGAUGCUGAGCUUGCACAGAGAACAGGAACCAACUUGGCAGCAGAAAGUCUCGUAGAUGAAUGGGAGAAGCAGUAUAAGACCUGUCCAGGUAUCAAGAAUGUGGCUGGAACUGUAAGCAUUAUCGUGAGGGAUCCUUCCAAACCUCCUCCAAAGUUGAAGUUGGUCGCGAGGCAAGGAAAGCUUGAGAUUGAUCAAGAAGAAGUUGGGACCGACCCCAAUGGUACAGAGCUUGUGAUAGCCACCAAGGACUCACCGGAGCUGGAUGCCUCGUCUCUUGUGAUUGGAAGAGUAUUGGAAGGGAUGGAAGUUGUUGAGAAGAUUGGGCAAGUGAAGAAUGUGCAGGAGAAUACCAAAUCUCCUUAUUUCAGAGCUGCCAAGCUGAUCGGAGACAAGAGAGCUGUAGUUGCAGAAAGAGGCUUUAACCGGCCAUACUCUAAGGUGGUCGUCACUAAUUGUGGCUUGGAGUAA